AUGAAACAAGUCCAUCAGCACGUAAACGAUGAUUCCAUAGUCAUCAUGGAAUUGUUGGAUUUACACUCUUCAAACACUUUUUAUUAUGAAAAAUUAAAACAAAAAUUACGAAAUGAUCGCAAAUUACAAGCCUUUUCCAUGAAUUUUGAAUCCGUUCAAAUCUUUACAACAAAUGAUCAAGGACAGAAAUUUAAAAAUCCGUGUGAUGUCAAGAUUUCCUAUGAAUGUCAAUGUAUUUUGAUUAGUGAGUUCAGCAAUUCGAAAAUUCAUGUUUUUGAUCUAUAUUCACGACAGUAUAGAAUGGCCAUUACCACACCCGGAAUGCCCAUGUAUUUAGCCAUUGAAGAAAAUUAUGAUAAAUGUCAUCAUGAUGCUCUUUAUUUUGAUUGUAAUAGUUCGAAAAUUGUGUACAAGUAUCAUUUACGUGCUCUGUUGGAAGGAGAUGAACAAAAUUCACUACUUUGGGAGUCUCUCCCAUUGGAAAAUCCAAGAGCCAUUGCACUUUACAAUUCAAAAUUUGGUGAUACAAACUCCGAGUUUAAAAAUGUGUAUGUGUGUAAUUACGGAAAACAAGCAGUAUCAAUAUUGAGUUCAGAUUCUGGACAGAUCAUACAAAAUAUUGAACUGUAUAUUCGUUCUCCAUAUGGAAUUACAUGCAUGAGUGAAAAUGAAAUUGUAGUGAGUGAUUUCACAGAAAAUUCUCUUCAAGUGUGGAGACGAGAGAGUGCUUUGAAUUGGAAAGCAAUUGCAACCAUUGACAAUUCUGGAAGCGAGGUAGAGAUUAGUAAGAUUCGCUUUCCUCAAGGUGUUGCGUUUGAUCAAGUCUCAAAGAAUAUCAUUCUGUGUGACAACGGAAAUAGUCGAAUUUUAAUCUAUUCCCAAAACGGGACACUGGUACGACAAUAUAAUUUCCCAAGUACAUUCUAUUGUCCAGAUGGGUUGUGUGUGAAUAAUAAGACUGGAGAGUUGAUAGUGUGUGAUUACAAUGAGUGUAUUGUACAAAUUUUCAAAUAA